CAGCACUGACGAGAGGAGAGGGGUCGAAAGUUGCCAAACCUUCCAUCCCGCCAGGUAACAAACGCCAGUUCAAGUUGUCUGCAAAACCCAAUCUUUGACAUGUCUCGCUUUGCUCUCUUAUUAUCGAGACCCUCAACUCCAAUUUUGGCGUAACUUGCCAAAUCCACUACUCUAGAACCUGACCGCCGCCCGCCGACCCCGCCGGCACUAUGGCGUCGGUCACGUCGCUGGGAGUGCACCAGCCGACUAGCUUGCGACAUGCGAUCGAGGAGGGCAUUCUCCCCCCAAACCCCCCGGUCUCCUCCUACACGUGGGAGGUUAGUACCGACAGCGAGGCCAAUUUCGACUGCGAAGACGAGCUUCUCACCACCGAGACCUGCGUGCUCUGGUCCCGGGGGGGCAUUUUCCGCAAGAGCUUCAAGUUUGACCUCGAGAACGAGCCCAUCACGCAGGCCAUCUUGACCUACUUCCUCGCCUCGUCCGACAGUCAACACAUGCCCCCAGAAAUCGGACAGCCUAGCAAGAAACCCGACGACCAAUCGCUCCUCUCCAGGGCCCUUGUCGUCUUCCUCAAGACCCAAGCCCACAUCUUCUUCCUCUCCGGAACAAGCCAUGUCGUCCACAUGCCUUUCGAGGUCGAGUCGGCCUGCGCAGCGCCAGUCGGCGUCAUUAUACAACGAAAAGCAAAGGCAAAUAACACGGUGUUGGUGCCGCUUCGGUUACCCAAGGUUCCCCCCAACUCGUUUAUUUCGUCAAAUUCGCCCGUGUCAGCGCGGAACCAGAAGGUCACGGAAUUCUCGACCGAAGGACUGGGGAACCCAAAAGUGUUGCCGCUUCGUCUCAGCUCGACGCUGGAAAAUAUGUGGCAACAGCCAAUUGAGUCGAGUGAGAGCCACUGGCCCCGUCUGGUGUGUCUGACGGACCCCCUGCUCGAGAUUGGCCUAGUGGUCACACAGACGGACAAGCCCAGACCUGCUGGAGGGCGGAGGAGCUCCGUCGGCGCCAUUUUCCUCAAUGCAAGCGAGGAAAUUGUGCACAUCGAGGCGAUCAAGAUUCCCUUUGACUCCAGUGCCGGGGAAGGCAGGUUGAACAUCGCCGUGACGGUCAAUCGUGAAACGAGUAUGUACAGCGUGUGGCGACUCAGCUAUCUCCGGAAAGAAGACCCCUUCAUUGGACGGCAAAAGGACAAAGCACCAAAAGUAUCUCGCCGGCGGAGCUCUAUGGCACCUGGGUUGGCAAGCGGUGCUGUAACCCCGCUGCACCCCGCGAUGAGAGAAAGCUUUGGCGCGCCCCUUCCUGGCAAGAAGACAAGGAAGAGCGUGAGAAUUGACGAGAAGGACAAGAUUCUCGAAAAGACUCUGGACAACGCUUUGAGCGCCUUGGACCCCGAGAGGGGCAGCGAUGUGACCCGUAGGCAGUCGCGGAGAGUGAGCUCGCUGCUGGCCCGAGCAGACCUCUCCGCGUCCCAGGACAGGUCUAACUUCGCCGAACCGCCGCUACAUAGCGGGCCUAGCGGAAGGAGGGUCGAGUCGCAGACCAGUCAGCGACCACGCAUGAGCAGCGGAUAUGGUGGCCCGAGUUUCGGCGGCGCUCUGAAUCAGAACCUUAACGUGGUCAGCGAGGCAGACAGCUUGCUCGAGGAGCUGCGCGUAGACGGCGAUUUUGGAGGAUUCCACACAAUGGGCCUCGAAGAUCACGACUUCGACGGUCUUACCCACGAGAUGCUUUUCACCAAGGUCCAUAGUAUCACCAUGGACAAUGCAAACGUUCGAUACUCGACCUCCAGCAAGCCCGCAAGGAGCCAGUCUAGGGUGUUUGUUCUAGUCGGUCCACCCACCGCCACGGAUGAGCAGGGUCGCACGCUGCUUUUGGUUGGCAUCCAGGACCCGGUUGAUAAAAGACUGCAGCUUCUUACUCUUCUUGUCGAGAGGCGGAAAGACGAAACCCCAGGAAAGAGCAACAGAUCCCCACCAACAGAUUCGCCCGACGUGAACGUUACAUUCGCCGAAGUCCGGAGAGUCCAGAGUGUAGUUGACUCGUGCAAGGUUUCUGAUGGUGAAGAGACUAUCAUAAUCCUGUCCGAAGACAGGUCUGGGAGGCGGGAGUUAAGCUUGCAAUCGCCAUGGCGUCCAUUGACUACAGUGGCAUUGCCGCUACUUUUCGUCGACAACAUCAACAGUCUCGGCUUUGUUGGUAGCCACCGGGUGAAUCGAGAAGUACGUGCCCGGGUCACCGGCACCCAGAUUGACUCCAUCUGCCAUCCCAAAUACCGUGGCGUCAUUGAUCUUCGGGACAAAGAUGGCAAGUUUCAUCGCAUCAGAGUCAGGCUUCAGCCGUUGUCCCCUUCUGUUCGGAGAACACUGGCGACCUGCCGGAGCGUCCUGCCCUCUUCGCAUGCCGAAAAAAUGCUUGUCGGGUGGUGGCACAUUAUGCAGUGGCUUCAGGAGCUGAAAGAUGAGGGGCUCGACCCUCCCCCAACAGACUUGGAGUGGUCGUCUCUAGUAAUUCUACUCUUGAGCAGCUUCCUGGUUUUGGAGUGCUCCGACGAGAAAUCCAUAAGGGCUAACAGCAGUGCUCCCCCGCGGUUGGCCCCAAAGAGCAACUUUGAACUUAUGAUGAUGCACGAAACCCCAAACUCGGCUGCCUGUCCGCCCUGGAUGCGUAAGAAGGGGUGGUCCUGGCUGCUCGACGAGGGCGUCCUGGACACACCACAGAGCCCCGCGGAACAGGACUCGGGGUCGGGUAGCUUCAUGGCCGUUCAUAUAGGACUCGCCAAAAGGUAUAUGUCGUCAGUCGGUGGUCUCUCGGCGUUUGGGUCCGAGGGUUAUCUUCCGACGGCGGUGAGCAGGGACCGAGAAUCUCGGAAUAUGGCAGCAUGGAGUACGAUGCUUGCCAUGCAUCUUCUUGUUGAGGAACAAAAACUCAGCAUUCUGUCCCCGGAGGAAGUUUCGCCUGGCCCGAGCGACCUGAAAGCGGUGCUUUGCCAGCUUUCUCGGUGGCUGGGAUGGAAGGGAUACGAGGCUCUUUACGCUCUAGGAAUGCAGGUCGAACUGGAAGAAACCCGCGACUCAGCCCCGUUUGUCCACACAAGCAUCGCCCAGCCCCCGGCCAUUUAUUGCAUCUUGACUUGGAUUCAGUCGCAUCUCACAACUGAUAACGGCUCUGAAUUCCCUACUUUGCUACAAGUUUACACUAAUGCCACUCGGGAUUUUUGGACCGACAGCCCCCGGCGGGACUUGUGGGGGAGCCUUACGUCCCGUACCCUCAUGUUCGAGAAGCUCUUUGUCCUACUCAAGUCAACAAGCAACCCCUUCCAGAUGGUUGUGGCUAUGCAUGAUUGCGGCUUCACUCCGCAGAUUCUCGAAACUCUACCCGAAGCAGUCUUGACGCCUUUGCAAGAUGUUAUUUACAUGUGCCAGCCACAUCCGCCGACAACUUGGUCGAAGAGCCUGCUUGCCCUUGUGAACCGUACUGACAUCAGUGCGGUAUUGCAGCCAGCAAAGCUUGGCCAGGCCCUGGGCUCCGACAUCAAUGCUCCUUCCCAUGUUGCAAAAUGGGACUUCAAAAUGAUUUGCCAGCACCUCGACGACCUCCACGACCAGGUCGAGGAGACCAACGAAACAGACCGGCAGGCCGUCGUCCGCUCGCUUUUCAGGGAUGACAGGAGACUGAACGAAGCACAACAUCUGUUGUCGUCUACCAAGCCUCGGGUUCUCCGUCUAGACGCUAAGAAAGACUGGACGGAGCCUGAAUACUUGGAGCGGCAAAAGGAUCUGGCGGCGACCGUCGCAACUAGCACCCUUGCCAUUCCGGCAGGCCGAGGUCUUUUAUACUAUGCUCUCCGGCACCCGCUUCUCACGCAAAAGUACCACAUUGCCGGGUUCAACCUGACGUGCAUCAUCAAACCGGCAAAUAACACGGUCGGAGUUGACAAAUCACUGUUCACCGAGGAGAAGAUGAACUGGGCCUUUUUUCACCAAGGUGUCGCUGGUGGUCUUGCUAUAUCUCCGAACGCCAAAGGGAUCGACACGUCGUGGAUCCUCUACAACAAACCAGGCCAGGACCUUAGCAAUCGCCACGCCGGCUUCUUGCUCGCGCUGGGGCUGAACGGCCAUCUCAAGUCGGUUGCCAAAUGGGUCGCGUUUAAGUAUCUGACUCCGAAGCAUACUAUGACUUCAAUCGGGCUGCUUCUGGGCUUGGCAGCAUCGUACAUCGGGACGAUGGAUUCGCUGAUUACCCGCCUUCUGUCUGUCCAUGUCACUCGCAUGCUGCCCCCCGGAGCUGCGGAACUCAACCUGUCCAAACACACCCAAACCACGGGUAUCAUGGGCAUCGGGCUUUUGUACUGCAACAGCCAACACCGACGCAUGAGCGAAAUCAUGAUGUCUGAGAUUGAGUUUAUUGAGGACGGAGAGGAAGAGGACCCUCUUCGUGAUGAAGGGUACCGUCUGGCAGCCGGCUUCUCGUUGGGCCUCAUCAACCUCGGCAGGGGUAAUGACUUGAAGGGCCUGCGGGAUAUGCGUCUGACCGAGAAACUGCUCACAAUUGCGACGUCUACGAAGAGAGUCGAGUUAGCUCAUGUGCUCGACAGGUCUGCUGCCGGGGCCGUCGUCGCCAUCGCGCUCAUCUUCAUGAAAUCCGGGGAUCAUAUUGUUGCACGUAAGAUUGAUGUUCCCAACACCAUUUUGCAGUUCGACUACGUACGCCCCGACAUAUUGUUGCUGCGAACUGUUGCAAAGAACAUCAUUAUGUGGGACGAGAUAAACCCAACAUUUGAGUGGAUACAAGACGCGCUGCCCGCUGCAUACAGGCCCAGGUCGCGUCUUACAAACGUAUCAAAGCUCGGCAGUCAGGAUAUGCCUUUCUUCUCCAUUCUAGCUGGUCUCUGCUUCGCACUAGGUUUGCGCUUUGCUGGUUCGGCCAAUACCAAAGUGCGCGAUUUGCUCGUGCACUACCUGGAGGAGUUCAUGCGUAUUGUCCGAACCCCGGCCGGCAACUUCGACAGUGAAGUGGCUCGGGGGAAUGCACGCAUGUGCAUGGACACGGUGGCAUUAUCAUGUGCGACUGUGAUGGCAGGCACGGGGGAUCUUGUUGUGCUUCGGCGACUGCGCGCACUGCACGGCCGGGACGAUCCCAAUACAACGUAUGGGAGCCACCUCGCUGCUCACCUCGCCAUCGGCGCCCUGUUUCUCGGCUGUGGUACAGCCACAUUCAGCACCAGCAACCUCGCCAUUGCGGCUCUCAUCAUUUCGUUCUACCCCCUAUUCCCGGCAAGCGUGCAAGAUAACCGGUCGCAUCUCCAGGCAUUCCGGCACUUUUGGGUUCUAGCAACAGACCCUCGCUGUCUCGUGGCCAGAGAUCUUGUCACUGGCCAGCCCCUUAACGUCCCCGUGCUCAUAGAGCUGAAGCCGAACUCUCCCACCGCCGUUGCUACUGUCGGCAACACGACUUCAUCUUCAACAUCCCGCGAGGCCGUCAGCUUCCGUAAACAGACUCCGUGCUUACUUCCUCCGCUCGAAGACGUGCGGCACGUGAGCACAGACGCAAGCUCUAUGGGAUUCUGGAACAUUACCAUUGACUUUGAAAGCUCCCCACAUAUUAUUGAAGACUUUCGCAAAAACCAGUCCGUGUACCUCCGUCGCCGACCGGCCCAUGAAAGCCCGUUCCCAGCCACACUCCGCGCGUUGGGUGGCAGCGAUCUCGCCGGCAUGAACCUUGGUGCCCGCGAUCCGCUAGAGUGGCUCUUCACUUUGGACGCACUGAAAGAUCUGACGCAUGCCGAGCGCUCUCUGGUGCUUGACCGUGUUGGCUCUGGCGGGGGCGUUGGCGAGGGAGAAGGAGCAAGCACGGCAGUUGACGCCAGGCUGGUGCUUAGAAGCGGGCUAGAGGGCUGGUCUCGCGAUAGGUUGCUGGGACUACGAUUUUUAUUUGAGUGGGCAGACCGGCGGUCAGUGCUCGUUGACAGGCCCGCAGAAAAGGCGGCUGCUACUGGGUUGUUCGGCCUUGCAGAUGAUGCCGGCCAAGAUGACAGCUCGGUCGCUGCUAGCAACAACAAACGAGCCAGGAAAGGGAAGGCGAAGGCCGUGGCCAAGACUCCGGAGGCCAAGAAGGGAAAGAAAAAGGUCACCGUGCAGACCAAUGCCGAGGACACGGCCGCGAGAGAUGCCAAACCUGAAGUAGCAGAAACUGAUGUCGGCUGGUGGCUGAAAGACAGCACCAUCGAGGAGCUGAAGGGACAGGCCUGGCUGACGGGGAGAGCGGAGUGACGAAGAUGUUGCCGAGGGAGUAUCUGUCAGGAAAAUGAGCUGGUGGGCGUCGGCCCAUUGGACUUUUACGUGUAUGUACCUAGGGAGGGUGGCUGUCUCUGUGCAUCAAGACCGCGAUGCGUUAUGAUGAUGUUUUAGCGAUAUCGUUUGGGAGCUGCUGAGCAUUCGGAGUUGAAGGGCAAAAUGACGGACUUGACGUUUACAGACCGCAGGCGAGGCAAAUGAAGUGGUAAGGUUAGUUCUAAGCAUUCAACGCUUCUUCGCUGCAAUUACUGUGUUCUUUCACU